AUGGCUGAAAACGUGCAAGAAACGCCCCGUAGGGAAAAAAACGAGCACCCGAGCUCUGACGACGAUUCAUCAUCGACUAGUUCGGGAUCAGGUUCGUCGUCGUCGUCUUCAUCUGAUUCUGAGACGGACGAUGGAACCGAGACGGAGAACACUAAUACCGAUGCUGACAUCAACUCUGGAGCUAAAAGUGGCACAUCUUCUGGAGGUAAUAUCAAUCGCACAGGUCAGUCUGGUAAUAGCUCAGGUCCACCAUUAUCUGCUCCACGUCCACAUGGAAUGGCAGCUAAUACGGAAACGCUGAACGUGAAUUCAACGCGAGCAGCCGCGAGAUUUAAAGCUUCAGAGACCGAGUCGAUGAUGCCUCUUGGUACACGCAAACGAGACCGACGUACGAUUGAGGAAAUUCAGAGAGAUUUACGAGAUAAAAGGAAAAAACCGAUAGGGCAGACACUAGCUGCAAGAUCGAGCCCACCACCCCCAAGAGGCUCGCCAGCGCGAUCUCCGGGCGCCGAAGCAGUGGUGAAUAGUGGAGCUCCAAUGGCUGUGGGUGGACCUCUAGGUCAGUUUGGGGCUUCCGGACGCUUGGUAAUCAAGCGAAAACCUGUGUCAGCGCAUGACAGGUUGGCUAUGAAACUUAAUGGACGCAGAACGACAAAUGCAAAGGCCAAGAAGCCAACCACAUCGACUCCUGUUAGCGGGACGGUACCACCGGUGUCGGUAAUGACAAACAAACCGGCGACGAAGCCGAUAACUGCAACAAGCUUGAUGGCGGUGAGUACAGGAAAUAGCAGCAGCAGUGAUCACGGAGGGGACGCUGGAGGGGACGCUGGAGGAGACGGGUACAGCAGCAGCGUUAGCAGGUCAUCACAACCGGCAGUGGAUGGUAAGGUCGUACGGGUGGUGCUGCGCGCAAUGCUCCGCUAUGGAGACCUUACUGACGUGGGUCUCUACCCGACGGCUGUGAAUUUUGCCGAUGAGUAUAAAAUGCCCAGUUUUAUUGAGCGAGCAAGCUUGCAGACGACUACGAAGAUGUCCAUCGAUCGACUGUACGCACUUGCAAAUGAAGUUGCUCAGAAAGCCAAACAGGCAGUUGAAGCGCGACCACCGCACGAUAACAUAAAAAUUGCUGAGGUCGAGGUAAGAUCAACACAAAUUAUUGAGCGUCUUUACGAGAACUUGAAACUCCGCAUCGCUGUCCAGCGCGCACUCCGUACCGCAGGGUGUUCUUCAGGUAACGCACAAGUGAAUGCUCAAGGAGCUUACGUUUUAGUGGCGAAACAAAGCGAUCUUUCUGUUUUGGGUGUUAACACACGAGACUUGCCUAGCUGGACCUGGGCUGAGAAGGAGCAUGACUGGUCACAACGCAAGGAUGCAGCGCUGCUACUUGGUGUCUACGUUCACGGGUUUGGAGGCUGGGAAGACGUACUGAACGAUGAUUUGCUUCAUUUUCAAGGACAGCGGGCCUUAAAAGGCGAGCGCCUGAAAAAGCGAGCUGAAAACUUGCUGAAGCGGUUACCAGCACCUGAUCUUCACGCUGGCGAUCCGCGCCUUGUGCAGCAAGCGAGCUCUCUAAGUUCUGCUGGGGCUAACUCGAGCCAGUCACUGGGUGCACAGUUUAGUGCAAUUAUCCAAAGUGGAGCUAUACCCGGGGUGACAGCUUCAAUCCCUGCUGUUUCAGCUCCAGGAGGGGGUCGAAUGGCACGUGCGGCAGAACGGUUCACUACACGGCAACAAAAUGGUGAAGAAGCCACAGGGCGGCGCUGCGUUGGCGGGCCUGGCCAGGGAGCGGAUGAUAGUAAGCAGAACAAAAUACCGGCCACAAGAUCCCCUGUGCAAAGCUGUGUUGCUAAUCGCGAACCUGAAGAAGGUGAAGUUGGUGGUGCAUUACCAACUCAGUCCAUGUCGUCACGCCACAAAAGACGAGCGUUAUCGGAAGAUCAGACGUUGCUUCGUAAGAAGUGUCGCAAUGGCAGCAGUGAGAGUUUGAGCAAAAAAGAAAGGCGCAAAAAAGAGCAACGGCGAAGUGAGCGUCGUGAGGCGAAAGCUAACGUGGAGACGUCCGAGAUAGUGGCAACUCAACCGGUUGCGGAUGUAGUUUCGUUACCAUUGCUCUCGGUUGACGAGUGUUACGAGAAGUGGAAACCCAACAAGAAGUUGCGCGAGAUUCGACAGGUGCUUAAGAAAAUGAAGAUAAUGGCCGAGUGGUCUCGCAACCACAAAGACGAGACUGUGGUCGAAAAGAUGUUCAAGUAUGUGAGUACAAUUGGAGAAACAAUCGAUCGGAUCGUGACGCAGCAUCAAGACAAGGCCGAGCGCAACCAAUCGUCGCACGAGUUUGAUGAACUUUGUACAUCCUUGUGGACGUAUGCUGCAGGAUUUACGCCGUUUACACCGGUGGGCUUCGAGCGUCUAUACGAUAAUAUCUGUGCUGAUGCGGACGCUCUCGUUGCAACCAAGUCAUGA